AACCUGUGCACACACACACAGCCCCGUGGUAGACAACUAGGCUUUAUAACCGACACUACAGGAGCUCAAAACUUUCUUGGACAAGUGAACUGUAAAUGUGAUGGAAAAUAGAUGCUAAAAGAGAAAUAUUUACCAGGUGUAAUAGGAUGGGAAUUAAUGCUAAUGGUAGAUUUAUUAAACUUACUCUAACGUCUGGGAUCCACUGAACAUUCAGAGAGUAGAGGACAGAGUUUGUACAAGUCUUCUGGCUGUAUGCCCACCUCCAGCUCCAAGAUGAACUCUUUUGAACCGUGACCAUCUGCAUUUCAACAUAGAGGCUCCAGCCAGCAGAGCGGCUAACUAGGCCUAACUACAGUAACUGUAGGCCUAACUACAGUAACAUGGCGAUGGUGCAGGUGCAGUUUGAGUAUGAGUACACAGCCAAGGACGGGGCUCUGGUCUCCAUCAAGCCCAACGAGAGGUACAUCCUGGUCUCCAGGACCAACGACUACUGGUGGCAUGUCCGGAAGGACCAGAGGACCAAACCCUUCUAUAUCCCUGCCAAGUAUGUGAGGGAGCUCUCUGUGAAGACCCAGGGCCCACUGGACCUCACUAAUUCUGGGACUCAGAGUCGCACAUUCUUGCUGUCAACGACUGACAGAGAGCCACUGGACAUGUCUAACAAAGGUCAAUGGUCAGGUGCUGUGACAAAGGUCCACAUGUCCAUGGAUCACUCUGCGAGAGCCACCACUCUCAGGAUGUCCACGUUCGGGGUCUCACUCGACAUUGAUGAUAUCAAGCAUUAUGAGCACAUGAAGACCAUGGUGGGACUGCAGACCUCCAAUAACGAGACUAGAGAUAUCAAGCCACAUGAUCUGAAGAGGCGAAGUUUGGCUCCAGGUUUCUCAUUCACCUCAGCCUCAGACGCUCAAGGUCUUGGUGAUAUGUUGCAGCACUGUUCCCUAAAGCUCCAUGUCUCACCUGAGCCCACAAGCAGACUUCCCCAGUUGACAGACUUUGUGGGAACAGAACUGGCUGGAUCAUUGGGUUCAACUGAAACACCAGCAGAACAACAGCAGAGCCUGGAUCGAACUUCUGGUCCGAUUGACAUUACAGCCCCUUCCCCUACAGCUCAGGUCAAAGAGAGUGUCCAGAACGCUGUGUACGUUAAUGUAGCGGAGCUCGGCAGAAACAUCUCUGAGUCCCCUCCCUCAGCCUUCUCCCCUCCCUGCACUCUUCCAUACCUGGACUCUAAGGGAUGGGAGGUGCACACUGACCAGGAGAGUGGACGGGAGUACUACUACCACCCCGAAUCGGGGCAGACCACCUGGGACAACCCCCACAUAGACCCUGAGGCUCCCGCCGAGGUGUCUGUGUGUUCGCCCUCCUCUCAGUUCCCCUCCCUGUCCCCCACCUCCGCCUCCCCCCCUGCAUGGACCUCUGACUGGGAGCAGUGUUUGGAUGUGACCAGCGGCCGCCAGUACUUCUACAACCCGGGGGAGACGUCUUGGGAGUCCCCAGAGCCACAGUGCCCCUACCCCGCUCUGAUGGAGCCUCUGAGUGGGCUCCGGUCUCUGGAGGAAGGGCCGCCUCCCCUGCCUGAGGAUGACUACCCAGCAGAUAACUACCUAGCCGAGGUUGACCUACCAGAAGAGGAGUUGUUGGCUGUGUCCCCUGUGACCCCUCACUCCUUCCCUAAGGACUACACCCCCAGCCAUGUGACCCGGGCAGUCAUCCCCAGGGCCAGCCUGGACAGGAGUGCCCCGACGGGCUGGAACCUCAACAUAGACCCUGAUGGGACUUGGGUGUUCUCCAACAGACACUCACCUGAUCAGUGGAUCAAAUCAUUGGAUGACAGAGGACUGGCGUACUACUACCUUAGAGAUGGCUCCAGAUCCCAGUGGAACCUGCCUGAGGCCCCUGUAGUGUCAGGCCAGUCCAAGGUGGGGAACGGUGUUGAGCUGGACGGGGUCUCUUUAACGGUCAUGAAGAACUGGAGACACACCAUGGGUGCAACUUAUGUCAGCUCAGCCCUGCAGGAGGUGUUCUCCCCGACUCACAGAAGAAAUGCCUCAGACUACGGCUCCUGUGUGAACAACUCUCCAGAGAUGGGGCAGCACCACGUGCAGAGUUUGGAAAAAGUUGGAAUACUCAACAAAACUAAAGUGUCAGAGAACGGGAAAAGAGUAAGGAAAAACUGGGCCCAGUCAUGGACGGUUCUUCACGGAGGAGUUCUGACCUUCCAUAAAGAGCCCAAGUCUGCAGCCAUGGGAGCCUCUAUCAAGACCAAUCAGAUCGUCCCAGAGGUCACGGUGGAUCUACGAGGGGCAAAGAUUGGCUGGGCUCUGAGGGAUAAAUCCAGCAAAAAGAAUGUUGUAGAAUUAAAAGACAGAAAUGGCGUUGAGUUUCUGCUACAGUACGACACUGAGAGUAUCAUCAACGACUGGCACAAAGUUCUAAUGGACACCAUACGACAGCUGGACCAGGAACACCACCAAUCUGAGGAGGAGGAUGGGGACAUCAGUGAGAAGUCCUACAGUACAGACAGAGAUCAGAGGUCACCAGGUACCAUGGACAGGAGGAGGAGGUCUUCCAGACCGAGCACGGCCACCUCCUCUGGGGGAGAGACCGAACAGAAGAAGGUUCGUACCAAGCUGAUGAAGUUCCUCCUGAAACGACCCACACUGCAGUUCGUCAAGGAGAAGGGUUACAUCCGAGACAAUGUGUUUUGCUGUCAUCUGGCUGCACUGUGUGCCCAGGAGAAAACUACAAUCCCCAGCUUUGUGGAGAAAUGUAUUCGAGCAGUGGAAAAGAGAGGUCUGGACAUGGAUGGACUCUACAGAGUCAGUGGGAAUCUAGCUGUCAUUCAGAAACUACGCUUCAAGGCAGAUCAUGAGGAGCUGGACCUGGAGGAUGGCCAGUGGGAGGACAUCCACGUUAUCACAGGGGCUCUGAAGCUGUUCUUCAGGGAGCUUCCUGAACCCCUUUUCCCCUUCAGUCACUUCAGCUGCUUCAUCCAGGCCAUCAGAACUGUUGAUUACCACCACAAAGUGUCUUACAUGCAAGAGCUUGUUGAGUCUCUCCCUCGGCCAAACCAUGAUACCAUGGAACUCCUCUUCAGCCAUUUACGCAAAGUGAUAGAGUAUGGAGAGGAGAACCGUAUGACUGUGCAGAACGUGGCUAUCGUCUUUGGUCCCACGCUGCUCCGGCCAGAGAUGGAGUCAGCCAACAUCGCCAUGCACAUGGUUUUCCAGAACCAGAUAGUGGAGCUAAUCCUCAACCAAUACGAAUACAUUUUCCAUUCCAGUUGAACCAAUGGUAAGCAUCUGUCAGUCAGAGGACAGGGGUCAAAUUAAGAAAUAUUGCAGGAGGGGAAAAAACACAAUCACUACCGCACAGAGGGUGCAUCCAACUAAGCUUUCCUUCUUUCUAAAGUGUGCACUUGUUCACUACUCCUCACAAAUUGCAUUGGUGUAGCAUGGACUAGAGGGAGUUUAAAUAUAGGCCUACCUGUCAUUUCCUUUCAAAUCCAUGAAGGGAAGGGAACAAGCACACACUACAGGAGAAAGGAGAGAUUGGGAGGCAACCACGGAGAAGCUAGUUGAAGGGGAUGUCAAAUAUUUGCACUGCAUUCAUUGUAAUAUCUGCAUUGAAUAAUCAUUAACCAAUUCAGAUUGUUCUCUGAAUUUCUGCAACUCAUUGCAUUCCUCAUUGUGAAAUAGCACACCUGCUCAAGGCAUCACUUAUGUGCAAUCUAAAAAGACAUGUGGGUUGCUAUAGGCCUACUUUGAAAUCUUCCUUUCAUGUAGAAAUGUAACAUCACAAUAACGUGAUUUUAUCUUAACACCCCAAUUCCCAAGGCAACCUGGAAAGACACUUUGAUACUUUGUUUUGACCACAGAUCAGACAAACCAUUUCAGAUGUAUUUUUAAAGAUUACAUUUAAAUGUUUAAAGGUGGAUCUGAUGUUGCUGUGUAGCUCAGAAGUCCUGUGUUAUGAAUGUGUCUUAUUCAGUCAAUGUAUAUAACUAAUUUAGACAUUUAUAAAAUACAUGCUGUGACACUGACUUCCCUUGUACAGCCUCUCUAGAUUUUGUACUGGAUAAUCAGAUGACAUCUUUUUUCAAAUACAUUUAGUUUUAACUUACAAUGAGAAUUUGUUUAAUUAACACAGGAUGAUAAUAACGUAUGGCGGUACUAUUUAAGGAUGUUUGUUAGCCUUAAUAGAGUCAAGAAAGACCAAAAUGAAAAAACAGGUGUGAUAAGCAUGACAUUAGGUUUUUGUUCUGUACAUAUAAAUAAAUAUCAUAUUUAUGCUGUAAAUUACUGAAAUUGCACAAUGUGUUUCUUUAAUAAAAUAACUGCACAAACGUGUCAAGUAA